AGUGUGUGUGCGGGUUGGAGCAGAAAGAAGAAGCAGAGUAAUAAUCUACAUAAAAUACAAUAAUAAUAAUCAUAAUAAUAUAAACCGAACCAAAGCAGAAAUAUAAUUUUAAAAAUUACAAAAACAACAACAAACCAACAUCCAUCAACAACAACAACAACGAAAGCAUUAAAACCUUGCAAUUUUAUCAUCCUUUUUUUUCAAGUGUACGUACGUUAGUACGUGUGUGUGAGUGUGUGUUUAUAAAGCUAAAAUUAUAAAUUCUUCAUAAUAUCAAAUGCAUACAUGUGUAUUACGUGCAUAAACAAUCGGAAACAAUCUCAAUCAAAAAGCAAAAGCAAUAAUUGACAGCAAUAACAACAACACAACUGCAAAAACUGCAUCAAUUACAAAAACAAAACAACUACAACAAUAACAACAACAAGUGUACGAAGAAGAAGAAGCAGCAGCAUAUAAGGAAGUGGAAGAAGAGUCGCAAAACGAAGCGCAAAGAAAAAGCAACCGAAAACAAAAUUCAACUGCAAACGUGUCUCGACCCAAAUCUUGUGUGUCUGACGCUCUCUCGAUCGCUUCUCUCGCUCUCUUCGUGUGUGCGUGCGUGUGUGUGCGUGUGUGUGAGUGUGUGCGUGUGCGUAGGCGGCUAUGUCACAGGGCGGCAUUACAUCGCUACUGAUAGCUGCUCAAUUCAUUGAGCAGCAGGAAAAGCUUAAGCAUGCUGUUGGGUUGCAUUUUAUCAAUGAUAGCAAUAAUGGCUACAACAGCAGCAGUAGCAGCAUCAGCAGUGAAAGCAUCGUCAACAACAACAACAACAGCGCAAGCCAACUCAACAGAAACAGCACGCCAGCAGCAGCAGCGGCAGCAAACACAACAUCAGCAACAACAGCAACAACAACACCCGCCAACGUAAACGGCCAUAACGGUCUGACUAACGGUACCGCUGCAGCGCUGAGUAACAGCGGCAGCAGCAGCAACACCAAUGGGCAGAGCAGUCCACGCAGUCAAUUAGUUGUUACUCAUGAUUAUGAGUAUGUUGGCAACAACGGCAUCACCACCACCAAUGGACAAUUGGAGUCAACGGGGGGACGCAGCAGCGAAGGUCGCGCCAUUGUUUCGGAGGAUGAAAAUUCCUCGUCAAACUUGAACUCCAACUCCAACUCCUUCUCCCUACCAUCACAACAACAACAACAACAACAAGUAGCCAGAGCAACACCAACAGCAGCGGCAGCAGCAACAACAGCAACAACAACAGCUGCCACAAAGUUGGCGGGUCGCUUUGAUGGCUCCGCUUUUGUGGUGCUUGCACCUGGAACGGGAACGGGAUCGGGUUCGGGGUCAGCAACACCUUCGACUUUGACCUCGACUUCUGUUCAGGUGCAACAACAGCAACAGCAACCGAUUGCGGCAACGCUGAAGCAUAAGUGGGCCACCACGGCGACGGCUGCCGCCUCUGAGUUACCGCGCAAGUAUUUCAUGCUAGACGCCAAAGGCGCCUUUGCCACAGCCACAGCGAACGCAACCGCAAACGCGACGGCAACAGCCACAGCAAACGCAACGGCAACCACAACGUCAGCAGCAACGCCAGCAGCGGCAGCAACAACAGCGGCUGCACUUUCAACGAGCUUGAUCGGUUUGGCAAAUUUCCCGCGCCAAGUGAUCGUACACAAGUCACAAAUACCACUCACUCCACCCCCGGUGGCCACCCGCAAGGUGGUCGAGCCAGCCAGAAUUCGAUCGUACUCAAUGUCCUCCCAUAAACUUUCAGCACAAACGCAGAGUGUGCUCAUCGGAGGAUCGGAGGAUGCGCACAUGAGCUUUGUCGGCUCAGUCUCUGCUCAGCGCAGCGCCAACAGCGCCAACUCUGCCGCCUAUCGACAGAUACUCAAUGCCCAGCAGCAGCAGCAACAGGCGGCAGCAGCAGCGGCAGCAGUCUCCUCAUCGGCGCCAGUCACCGGAUCUCAGCUGACCGCCCACGGUGGACGCCGACGAACCAUCAGCUCCAAUAGCAAUGGGGCUGGCACGCGCGAUAUGCACAACAAGCUGGAAAAGAAUCGACGAUUCCAUCUCAAGUGCUGCUACGAAGUGCUAAAGAACGAGCUGCCGCUCAAGGAUGAGGAUCGCAAAAAGACAUCAAAUUUGACAAUACUCGACAAGGCGCACAAAUAUGUCAAGCAACUGUCAAAGUCCGCUAGUGAUCAGGAGGCGCAAAUCGAGCAGCUUGCCAAGCAAAAGAUUGAGCUACAGAAGCGUCUAAACAGCCUGAGACGUCCGGCGGAUUCCCAGAGCAUUCCACAGAACGAUAAAGAUGAGGCCGUUUGCCUGGCGACCACAGCACAACAUCAGCAUCAUUAUCGCCAGCAUCGGGAUCGGGAUCAGCUGGAGGACGCAAUGCAGCGCCGCCAAUACUGUUCGAUGGCACCACCGCGACCGUUUGUGCCACCGGUCUUCAGACUGAGCAAGAGCAACGCCAGCAAGCACAACACCAACACGAAUGGCAACGGCAACAGCAUCAGCAACAGCAAUGCCGCCGUCAGUUAUCAAUUGAAUCCCGCCGCCGCCGCCGCUGCAGCUGUUGCAAUUGGUGCACUGAAGAACAGCAAAUCGAACGGCAGCAUUAGCAACGGCAACAUCAACAGCAACAGCAACAAUGUUACCUCCGCUGCAGUCAGCUAUUCACAGAAUCAAAGUCCCGCCACAGUUGUUGCCAUGGGUCUGCUCAAGAAUAGCAGCAGCCUUUUGACCAGCAACAACCACAGCAGCAGCAACCACAGCGGCAGCAACAGCAGCAGCAGCAAUGGCUCACCGAUAGCAACGUCCACAUCGCAGCAGAGCAGCCCGGCUGGCAGUCCAAAUGUGGUUGUUGGUGCCACCAACAACAGCAACAACAACACCACAUUGAUGACGACGACACGUGGAUCGCCAACGCCAUCGACGCCAUCGCCAUCACCAAGCUCGUCGUCGAGCGGCGUCUCCUCAUCGGCCUCCUUCAUUGGCUCCUCAUCGUCAUCAUCGUCGUCGUCGUCAUCGUCGUCAUCAUCAUCGUCAUCGUCCAGCUCAUCAUCGUCAUCGUCGUCCUCCUCGUCGGCGGGCUCAUCGCCACCCACACACACACAAUCGGCGACAACGACGACGACGACGCACUUGCUGGGCGCCACACGUAGCGCGAACAUCAAGUUCCAUGCCAGCGGCCCAGGCGGUGCCCUCAACGGUGGCGCCACCAUUGUCACGGCGACAGCACCAAGUGCUGCAACAGUUGCAGCCGCAAAUGCGCAUUCCGCUGGAUUCCAUCAGGCGGAUAAGGAUCGUAAUUACAAUUUCUUGAUACGCAGCGGUACGGCGGCACAGUAGAGGCAACAGCAACAACAAGAAUUGUAACUAAAACAACAACAAAAAAGAAAAAACAACAACUGAAUUGUGUGCAACAGCUCCCACCUUAAACAACAAAAGCAACAACAACAACAACAAAGAAAACAGAGCAAGAAGUAAACUUGUUCUCAACUCUCUAUCUCUCUCUCUCUCUCUAUCUUCUAUGUUUCUUCGAUUUCUGUCAUUUAACAAACAACAACAACAACAAUCGCACACAGCAACAACAACAGUAAACAACAACAACAACAAAACAUAACAGUUCCGCCCAACAUUUAAGCAUCGAUUUUGAAAAUCAAAAAACAAAAAACAACAAAAAAAAAAAAGAAAAGAGAAGAAAGUAAUGAAAUACAUAUUUAAACAAGAAGAAAACUAAAAAGAAAACAAAAACAAAACACAACAAAAGGAAUUAUUUUUAAUAAAUAAUUUUAUACACUAGAACAACAACAACAAAUACCAGAACAGCAGCAGCAACAACAGCAACAACAACAAUAGCAUCACACACACACACACAUGCACACAUGUAAAGUAUAAGCGCCUAUUCUAUGAAAUAUAUGUAUGAAAACUCUAUAUAUAUACAACUCACAUUUGUAUGUGUAGCUCACAUUGAAUUUAUCAACACAAUUACAAACACACACACACACACAUGGACACAAACAACACCAUCAACAACAACAACAAUAACUACUUUUAGAACUUAGUGUAAAUUAUUGUCGGAAAUGAAAAGAAAAGAAAUGUGAAAAGAUGAAAAGAAAUCGCGCUGUUGUAACAGAAACCACCAAAAUGGGUAACGCUUUAUGAAAACUGCAUGCAUAUGCUAUAUAUACUAAAAUAUACUAUAUAUAGAUAUACUAUACUUGCACAACUAUGUGGUAUAUACUUAAUAUAUAUAUCUUAUGUGUGUGUGUGUAGUACUUUAUAUAUGUAUAUAUACAUAUAUAUAAACUUAAAGAACAAUCCAAUCGAAUUAUCUUCUUUUUUUGUUUUUUUUUUUUUUUUUUUUGGCAAAUUGAUGUGACAAACCGAACCUAAAGACAUAUUUAUACAUAUAACAUAUAAUAUUGUGAAAGUGUAAGAAAUUUGUAUGUGCGUGUGUGUGUGUGAGUGAAUCUGAUAUAGUUCUAUAUACUCUAUGACCAACAAACAAGAGCGAAACAAAAAUAAUGUUAUAGAAAAAAUUUGGUUUAUUCUUAAGUUUUCUCACUUCUGCUCCCUUGCCAGAGUUUAACUACUACUAAAUGUGUGUGUGUGUGUGAGUGUGUGUAUGUGUGUGUGUAGUUGUAGUUGUAAUAACUUUCCCCCACCCCUUGGAUGCAAUGUAAAACCGAUGUACUCAAUGUGUAUAACCUUAAUCAGCCAUUCUAGAUGUGUAUGUAUUGUAUGUAUGUAUGUACAUAUGUGUGUAUGUGGAUGUAUGCAUGUAGUUGUGUAGUAGUGAUGUAGCCAAGAUUACAUACAUACUCUUUUAGUACAUACAAUUGAAUGUCUCUUAGAACAAGCUAAAAACAUAGAAAGCAAAACUUUUUUUUACUUCAAUUUUCAAUUGAAUUUCUUUUGUUGUUGUCCAAGCAUACAUCACAAAAAGUUUACUUUUGAUUUUUCAAUUAAAAAAAAAGAAAGACCACCUCUAAAAGCAAACUUUGCUGUAGGCGCUUUGCUUGCUUCCCACCCAAUAGACAAUAGCUGAUAACUUCUUAGCCAUAGCAAAAUGAUAAAUGUAAAUGUGUUUUCAAAUGAUUUUAGAGAGCAUAUCACAACCAAAAUUAC